AUGACUCCUGUUGGACCAGUUUGUGCUUCAUGUAAACAAUUGGGUCACAGCAGGAGAUCAAAUUUAUCCUUCCCUUUGAACCCAAGAAACAAAACUCUCUUGAUCUCCCAAAAGAGAACCAGCGAUAAUCUCUCUACCCAAGAAGAAUAUCAGACUGAGAGUAGUAGAGCUGGUGCUUUGAGACCAAAGGUGGAAACUGUUCAGAAUCAUGUGGUUCUUACCAUAGCAGAAAUAAUUGCUCUCUUCCGUGCUGACCAAUAUUCUGCAGAGAAUCUAACUGCUGCUUUUGAGAGAGUCUUGAAUUUGACAACCACCACUGCCAUUACCACUGUCACUGUUAUUCCCCACUGUUCCAGCUGUAAUGCAAUUGGCCACCUAUGGAGUAACAGCUUGCAGUGUCCUUACAACAGAUGGCACCACACUUUUGUUCCUGGCCAGUUAGCUGUCACUCAUAACAUGGCCUGGCGUACCACCACCUCAUUACCUCCAACUGACAACAGAGGUGCCAUGAAUAUUCAUGAGAAAAACUACACAUUCAAGGCAAACAACAUCAAGUUCUCUAUGUGCUGCAGACUCGGGACUGUCAUUCUUCCUCCCUUUGAACCCACCCCUCCUGGAAUUGCAGAACUUUUGGAGAACAUUGAUCAGUCUGUUGCCAACAAUAUCGGUGGUGUAUACAACUUCCAGAUCCAUGGGACCAUCUGCCACAAGAUUGGGUCAGUCUUUCCAACGACCCAGACUCAGAUGGAUCAGCCCAAGUUUGCCCAGGUUUAUAUAUUUGACCCAGCCUCUCAGGUCGACCAUAGACAUUGCAAUGCCCCGGAAUUAGACAGGGAAGUGGCAGUGUUGAUGAGUGAUACUGAGCAUAAUGAGGCAAGAGACAUCAUUCUGCAUACCCAGACAAACUAUCUCCACAAGAUCAAUGAGUAUCACCGCAACUAUGAUGCUUUGCAGUAUGUCCUACUCUUCUCUUCUGGUGAUUUUGGCUGGACCGUCGAUAGAUAUACUCCAACAGGGUCAAAGAUCUCCACCAUGGACUGCCGUCUUGAAUAUUAUGUUCUGAACCAAAAAAAGAUGCGUGCAGAACUUUACAGUGAUAUCCAGAAUGCAGUCCACCUCAAUGACAAUGAUAUGGCAAAUCUUGGUCAGCGAGUGAUUCUUCCUUCCUCCUUCCUUGGCAGCCCACAAUGUAUGCAUGAAUUUUACCAAGAUGCUAUGGACAUUGUGCGCCACUUUGGCAAGCCAGAUCUCUUUGUGACCUUUACCUGCAAUCCCACUUGGCCAGAAAUCACAAAUUCUCUGUUGGGUGGACAGAGUGCCAGUGAUCACUGCAAAAGGAGGGCCAAUUCAGUAUACUAA